UGGUCAGCGUUCAAUAUCAUUAGUACCAACCUUCUCCAUAAACUCAGACCGCGCAGACGGCGAAAUGAACAGACGGUUUCUGCAGAAAAAAUUCACAGCUUGUGCACAGUAUUUGAGGGUUUUUCAAACUUUUCUAGCAAUGUCUUCACCAAAGCCCACUAAAUUCACCGCUGAAGAGCGGGAGACAGAACUUAAGCCUUUAAAGGCCGCAGGUUGGACAGAAGUUGAGGGGCGUGAUGCUAUCUGCAAGGAGUAUAAAUUCAAGAAUUUCAACCAAGCAUUUGGUUUCAUGACACGUGUGGCUCUGAUGUCAGAAAAAAUGGAUCAUCAUCCUGAAUGGUUCAACGUGUACAGCAGAGUACAAGUAACCUUGACAACACAUGACUGUGUAGGGCUUUCUGAAAAAGAUAUCAAGCUGGCAAAAUUCAUGGACAGAGCUGCAGGGUCCAUGGCAGUGUAAACAUAACUCAAGAGUUACCUAGUCACUUAAUGCAAGUCAGUGUAGCUGUGCACGAUUGUUUAAACAGUUACAGACUUAAUUAUAGAAAUAAGGAAAUUGGUGACUACAUGUAUAUCUUGUAACAGCGUGUAUCCAACACCGUGUUCUCUCUUAAUUUUUAGGUAAAAGAUAAAAAGAAAAAUUUCAAACCAGUUGAGCAAUCCCUUUACCUGUUAAAUUUUCUAGAAUUCUAGGGUAUUUCAGGGGUAAGUAAGCGGUAUGACUGGUGGUAAUUUUACUGUUUUCCACCUGAAAAAGAGAACAGGGAGCUUAAGAAACAAAUUAUGACUGUGAUGCCUUGGACAGUGUCAGUUAAAAAAUGAACUUAUAUUUUACCUAUGAAUCGUGCAAUACUUUCAAGUCAUUUAGAUUGUUUAUUACAGUCAAAACUAUCUGUAAACGGAAUAUGGAACACAGCAUUAUAUUAGAAAUCAAAAUUUAAAAAUUAAGCUGUCAUGGCUCACAUUCUCCAGACAACACAUAGUUUGGUCAUUUGGCAUUGUUAUUUUGCAAAGGACGCAAAGAAAUUUAUGAAGACCUUAGAUGUACGUGCACAGCCAUUGUUCUGCUUAUUAAACCUUUUGUUUAGGGACUUUCCUGUUUCCAUUAUCGCUGCAGUUUUCUUACACUCCCUAACAAUUCCAACAAGGACAAACAUACAUGCACUUCUCCAGAAAAAAAAAAUGUGAAGUUUUGGGGAAUUUAAUAGAUGAGAGCCAAAAGGGUAAUUCACUUGACAAGUCUUUCAGUUUCAUGGUGACCAUGCAAGAAGUAAUUUCUCCUAACAGAAUGAAAACACUAUCAACCAGACAGAAAUGGAUAGAUAUUCUAGUCUUCUUGGAUAAGGACGAGUAAACUGUAGGUCCCGUCUCCUGCAUAGUUAGGGGUAGGAGACGUUAAUUUCCCACGCAUGAGAUUACUGUGUGGUGGAUGUCCUACCCUGGGGUGGGUGUUAUGCAACGAGCUUCUCUGUGACCAUCUCAGCUUUGCUGUUAAACAGUUAAACUGUAGACAUGCCCGUGUUCAGGCUACAGGUGUAGAUAUAUAUGUUGUAGUUCAAUUUUAUCCUUGGUUCAAAUUUUAUUUUCGUUUGUUUCAAACUCACUAUCAUACAUUAACAUGACCGAGAACAAAGGAAAAUAAAAUUUGAACCAAGUUAAGAAUUGAAAUACAACAUAUAUAUAAAACAGAUGAUGAGAAUAGCAAAAAAUAAUCCAUUAAGGGAAUGUUGAUUGCUUGAACAUAAAAUUCUCAGAACUAUUAUAAGAGGAAAUAUAUGGUAAAGAGUAUUGAGAAUUACUGUUGAGAUCUUAGGAAUACAGAGGUUAAAUGUCAUUCAAAUACUCUCACAAUAUGAAUGAUGGGAACAAACACCUUCAUGAUGUAGAGAAAGAUGACAAUGACACAGCCAAACCAAUCACAAGACAUUUGGAAAUCUGCAGAUUUUCCCUACAUCUGUACACAGCAUAGAAAGUUGCUAAACACUAGAAUAAAAAUUUAUGCUUUUUUUAUGUUUUA